AGUUCCAAAAAGACCAUGGACACAUGUGCUCGACGCAACACGCGAAGGCCCAUCAUGUCCGCAAGGACCAGAAAAGUAUCCGCGAGAAAAAAUGGACGAAGAUUGUUUAUUCAUCAAUGUAUAUGUGCCACAGAAUAAUACGAAUGACAAGUUGUCGGUACUAUUUUUCGUGCACGGAGGCACAUUUCGUUUGCUAUCAGGCAAUAGUGAUAUAAUAUAUGGACCACAAUUUUUUCUAGAACAAAAUGUUAUUUUUGUAUCAAUGAACUACAGGUUGGGAUCGCUAGGAUUCCUAUCACUCGAUAUAGAAGGAGCACCAGGUAACACAGCUUUAAAAGAUGUAGUAUUAUCCUUGAAGUGGAUGAACGAAAACAUCGAACGUUUCGGAGGUGAUCGAAAAAAAAUAACGAUUGGUGGCCACAGUAGUGGAGCAACGAUGAUACAUUACUUAUUGGUAUCUAAACAGACUGUCAAUUUGUUUCAACGAGCAAUUAUGAUUAGCGGUAACGCCGUGAAUCCCAGAUCAGUGGCAAGGCAUCCCAAAGACAAUGCCUAUAUGUUGGCCAAAGAACUCGGCUUGGACACAAACGACGACCAACUUCUACUUAGGAAACUUAAAGAAGUAGACGUUUUCGACAUUAUAGACGCAGAAGUUAAUUUGACUAAUUAUGACGAACUUAUUUUACGACCAUUCUCUUUUUUCCUUCCCACAGUUGAAAAGGAAUCUUCUCACGCUAUCGUCACUUCGGAUCCUAUUCAAUUAAGUUUGCAUGAGAAUGUAUCAGUUUUUUCCGGUUUUAAUGAAAGAGAAGGAAUAUAUAUAAUACCAAAAAUUUUUAAAAAUAGCUCUAAUUUAAAAAAACUGAUCGAUAAUAUAGAACUGUGUAUACCGUCCAACAUAGAAUAUCCACUUAAAUCAAAAAUAUCUCUAGAUUUGGGCAAAUCAAUCAGAGAACGUUACUUUAACAGUGACUUAUCCAACUUUACUUUGAAUAAUAUUGUCGAUUUAGCGUCUGAUUCACAGUUUAUUUACGGCAUAGACGCGUGGAUGAAAAGGAAAAAAGGGAUCAAUAAAAGCAACACCUUAUAUUAUUACAUGUUCAGCUUUGACGGAGAUCUUAAUUGGUCGAAAAUAAUUUAUGAUAUACAUUUCCCUGGGACCGCCCAUGCAGAUGAAAUGGGUUAUAUAUUUGUCACUAAUGACACUGAAUUACUUUUAAAUAACACCAGUAGUAAGAGCCGAUUGGUUCUGAACACCUGGAUUACAUUAUUAUGUAACUUUAUAAAAUUCGGAAAUCCCACCCCAGAAGGCAGUAGAUUCAAGUGGCCGAGAUAUGACAAAAAUAGAUCAAUGCUCAUUAUAAACGAAAACCCGAAGGAAGGGAGGGUUACAAAUCCGCUUCUUGACAGACUGAAUUUUUGGUACAAUGUCUAUGAAAAGUAUGACCAAUACGUAAAAGAAGGCGGCAAACUGGAGAAAAAAUGUAUACCGUAAUCAAA